UGAGGGAGCGGCUGCUUGGAUCGGCUGCGCUUCUCCUCUCGUCCUUUUCCACUGCAGCGGUGCUGAAGAGCAGGGCGGGGCUCCCUGGGGCAAGGGCGUGCGGGGCUGAGGAGCUGCUGUAGCCUUUGGAGUCGUGCUUCGGUUAAACUGAUGCCAGUGAGUGCUCGAAGUGGGUACUGCAAGCUUUUUGUAAAGUGUAUUUGCUUAAUAGAAUAUCUGCAGCAGGUAUGAAGCAAAGUAAAAUCUGAUGGCGUUUUUAGGGCACUGUGUAGAUGCUGCUUUUUAUGCAAGAUUUCUGAAUUGCUGUAGAGAACUCCUAAACCUGUAUGCUUUAAUGAGUCAAGUUAUAGAUUUCACACUAGGCAGCUAAUGAAUUUAAACAGCUGAAAGAAGAUGAGUUCUAUGAAGAGAUCCUGAGUUGGAGUGUGAGCAUUGUGCUCAUGAGCUAUUAGGCUACCAGGGCUACCUGCAGAUGGAGCUGCCUGGUUUUGCUGUUGCUGUUUGGAUGUUUGUUUGCCUCUAUGCAUCUGUGGUUGGCUAUCCAAAUGGAAAAGUAAGAGAAGCCUGUACUAGCAUGGUACCCUGUCAUGGUGGCUCUCCUCAUCUGUCACCUGAGCACACCAUUACAGUGAAUGGGACUGAAUUUAAACCAGGGGACAAUAUAGAAGUUCAUCUGUCUGGACCAGAUUUUGAAGGAUUUUUCAUACAGGCUCGGGAUGCAGAGCACCAGGAUAGCCCUGCAGUUGGAUCUUUUGUGCUAGCUGACCGGAGACAUUCUCAGCUGCUGACAUGUGGUCGUACCAAGAAUUCAGCUGUCAGUCACACAAGUAAAGCAAAAAAGACAGACAUAAAAGUUUAUUGGAUUGCUCCUGAAGAUGCUCCAAAACAUGUACAGUUUCUAGCCACAGUUGUGAAGAAAUACAGGAUUUUCUGGGUGAAAAUUCCGGGUCCCAUUGUUUCUCAGCCUGAUGUGCUGUCCCCAACACCACCUUUGCAUGCAACAUCAAAGGCUAUGUCAACUUCACACCCAUUUUCCUACAUAUCAAAGCCAUUUAGUGCAUCAGGUUGUGGAAUUACGAAGUUCUGCAUUAGGAACCCUACAAACUGUGAUCCUGGGAGUGCUUCAUGUUUUUUUCUAUCCUUCCAACGAGAGGAGAGUUCAGUUUUUAUUGAAAUGAGUGGUCCAAGUGAAGGAUAUUUAGCAUUUGCUUUUUCCCAGGACCAGUGGAUGGGUGGUGAUGAUGCCUAUCUGUGUGUUAAUGUGGAUCACCACAUUCACGUGAGCACCGCCCAUCUCAAGGAGCGAAGUUAUCCUCUUUUGGAUUCAGAGAAUGCCCUUGAAGAUGUGUCCUGGAGGCUUGCAGAUGGUCUUCUUCAAUGUUCUUUCAGAAGGAGGAUUCGUCUCCCUGCUUAUAAAGGGAGAUUUAAUCUGGAUGCCAGUUACUACAUCUUUUUGGCAGAUGGGGAAGCUAGUGAAGGUGGACUCAUAUACAAACAUCGCCGUCAGCCCCUGGUCACCAAUGGACUGUACAACAUCACAGGCCUGCCUCAGGAUAUAGGAGGUUCCCGGGCCCCACGGCUCAUCAAGGCUCAUGGAGCGCUAAUGUUUGUUGCUUGGAUGACCACAGUUGGUAUUGGUGUUGUUGUUGCACGAUUCUUCAAACCUGUCUGGUCUCACUCAUUCCUAUUUGGAAAGGAGUUGUGGUUUCAGGUGCAUCGUAUGCUUAUGUUGACCACAGUCAUGCUUACAAGCAUUUCUUUUGUGUUGCCUUUUGUAUACCGAGGAGGCUGGAGCCAACAAGCAGGUUUUCAUCCUUAUCUUGGCUGUGCAGUGAUGGCUUUGACCAUCUUUCAACCACUUAUGGCAGGUUUCAGACCAUCUCGUCAUGCACCAAGGAGGCAACUGUUUAACUGGUUUCACUGGAGUACUGGUACAACAGCUAGAAUAUUAGCUGUUGUGACUAUGUUCUUGGGAAUGGAUCUGCCAGCACUUGACCUGCCAGACCCAUGGGACACCUAUGCCAUGAUGGGCUUUGUAGCUUGGCAUAUUGGUACUGAUGUUCUUCUGGAAAUACACAGCUACUGUCUUGUUCGUAAAGUUGAAGUGAUAGAGGAUGACAGAGUACAGAUACUGCAGUCACUCACAUGUGCAGAAGCAGAGGGUCGUCUGUUUAAACAGAUUGUGUUAACCAUCUAUGUCUGUGGAAAUAUAGUAUUCCUUGUUGCCUUCCUGAUAGCAAUCAACCAAGUAUGAAAUAAGUAUUUGAGAAUUUUGUGACAAAAUACUGUGCAAUUGAAAAAUCUGCAAGUUUUUACUACAACUUUUUUCUCAACUUGGUCCUGAAGAUGUAAUUGAAGAAGAAUAGCAUGUGUAUGUCAUGCUCAGUGUUAGGGAGAUGGGAAUUCAAAUCUAGAGAGAAAUCCUGCAGUCCUACAAAAGCUGUCUUCUGAUGGGACUUUUAAUGGGAACCUUUGCCUGAGUAAGGAAUGAAAUCUCUAUUUUUUUUAAACACACUAGUUAACUUGAUUGAAGCUUAUAGGUGAAAAGAAGACUGAGAAGAUGUGCCAGAAGUGUUAUUUGAGUAGUCAUUUCCCUAAACCUUUUGUGAAUAUUCUUGGGGGAACUGGUAUGACUGGUCUGGAUUAAUCUGUCCCCUUUACUGUGUUCUAAUAUGGGAUAUGGCAGCUUCUUGCUCUUGACAGUUUUGUGCAUAAAGAAACCCCCAACCAAACCUCAAAACUUAGUGAAAGAUUGUCACAAAUGCAGGUUGAUGAAUGAACUAAAUAGAUAAAAAUAAAAUGCAAAAAGCACUGUCUGCUCUAAGAGAACUUCAGUACUUAGUAAAAACACCAUUUGCCUUGCUCAAAAUACUGCUCUGUCUUCUAAAUCAUUUAUGCCAACUGAUGCUUUAAUGGAAGUGAAAAUACUUUCUCUGGAAUGUUGCAGUUGUAUAUUCUCAAUAUUGUGCUAUUGAGAAAAACAUAAAUUGGGAGCUAGGUUGACUUCAGGAAAAGUAGCUUCUGUUAAUGUUAAGUGAGAGUCCUUUGAGCUGGCAUAUCUAGAAGACAGAACUAUAAUAAUUCUGUAACAACUCUAUUCUGAAAGAAUAUUGGAGGGCAAUUUUUUAGUCAACAAAAGGUUUCUCCAAAUAUAUGAACUAGGUACAGAGACUAAAAAGGUUCUAUAUUGUUUCACAUUUUUGGUUCAUGGUUUGCCUAAGUAUGGAAGGAUACUCUUGAAAUGACAUUUUGGAAAUGAAACCUUAAUAUGCUUUGCAGUUGUAUUUUGUGGCUCUGAACAGCUUGCUCCCACACAUCUUCAUUUUUCUUAUUGAAAAGUAUUGUAGCAAUUCAAGGUAUGUUUUUCAGGUAGGCAGACUAAGAUAGCUGGGAAUUAAAAUGUUGGGAGGAUUGGAUAGGAGAGUGAGUAGUGAGGCCUGACUUAGUAUAGACUUUUACAGCAACAUCUCUACGGGUGUGGGCAGCUCUAAAACACGUGUAGGCGUGGGUCAGGUGGUGGUUCUGUGCAGUUACCAAAGCUGUCUGGUUCUGUCUCUUCCUCCACCUUCCCAAGUCCAUAGUGCAGCCUGUUGCAUGGGCAGGUAAUAGUCAGGAAGCUGAAUGUUUGUUUGUUUGUAGUCAGCGAUGUUUUUGGCUGCUCAGAUAUUUGAUUUAUCCAUAAGGGCAUUUAUGGAGCUGGGAUUAAUCCCUUUGUCAGCAGCAGCUGACUGUCAGUGAGUCCAAGUUGAAUCAUCUUCCUUAGGAAAGUCACAUGCAGCCUGGGAAAGGGGGGACUACAAAGAAAUGAGUCACAACCCAAGCUGAAGGACAAGGAGUAUGGGGCCAACUGGGUGGGUGUGAGGUUUUUUUAGAGAACUCUAAUCUCAAAAAGCCUGGGAAUCUCAGGCUCAUCUUCUGCUAAAGUUUUGUGGGACUCUUUCAUCUACUGUGAAUUUAUAGAAGAAAAGUCACUCAACCUAGGCAUGAUUGUCAGUUUUUUAAGUUAAGGUUAAUGCCAAAUUCUUUCUAUAAUAGCUGUACUGAGGGUUGUUUCAUUUACAUGUGACAAUGAACAUGGGUUUUAAAACAUGAAUGUAAAUAUCUCAAUAAAAGUUCUUGUCCCUUUUAGUAAUGUGAAAAUGCUGUCAAAAGGAAACUAGAAGAAGCUUGCCUAGGAGCAAAAUGGAUUGUCAGUUUUUUGUAGAUGUUGUUUUAUAAAUUAGAGCCAUGUAAAUCCUUCCUGGAGAAACUAUUAUUGAAAUUGAAUGUUAAAAUAGUUUCACUUUUUAAAGCAGUUUCUUUUCCUCAAGAAGAAAAAAAGUUUCCUUGUUCCACAUCUAAUUCAACUUUUAAAUUGACAAAAUUGUCAGUUGUUCUGGAUAAAUUUUUUCUUCCCACUG